GUUUAAAUUUUGCAAUUGAUUUACGAUUUUCACUUAAUUAGUAAAUAACAUUAUGACAUAGGUGUCACAUAAAAGAAAUAUUCAUAAAACUUGUGAAUCUAUCUACAGUAAUAACGUUAGUUGACGCAGUAUACUAGACAAGCGAAAAAUGGAAGUUGUCGGCAGUGAAAUAGGGCAGAAAAUGCGGUCUGCCAUCAAGGCCAAACUUACAGAGUUGGGAUGUUAUGUUGAUGAUGAGUUGCCGGACUAUGUCAUGGUAAUGGUGGCUAAUAAACGCACUCGUGCUCAAAUGGAUGAAGAUCUUCAGCUGUUUCUAGGGGACAAUACAGAGCUAUUUGUAAACUGGUUACAUCAGGUGCUAAAGAAAUUGCAAGAAGUACAGGUGACUACCCCAUUGAAAGUAGUAGAAACUGAGAAGGUUAAAGAAAGAUCAAAAUCUAAGGAAAGGAAACCAAAAGAAAAGAAGGAAAAGGAAAAAACCAAAAAGAGUGAUGGAGGUAAGAAAGCGAAAAAAAAGGAAAAGGAAAAGACACACAAAAAGAAGGAAGAUAAGAAAGUACAUAAAGAAAAGAAAAAGAGUAAGCGACAUGAACUUAUUCGGCCAAACAUACCUCCAUUGCUCAUGAACAUGGAAAAAGAAUCGGAACCUUCAAUAACAGAUGUGUUUGCCGGACAAAUUUUGAAAAACCACGGGAUCACUUUAGAUCAUAAACAGGAUGUAACACAAAUUGAUGCGAGUGUGCUCAAAGAAAAGAGACCAAUUGUACCUAUAAUAGAUCCAGCCUCAAUACCAUCACAGUCUGAACCAACAACAGAAGAUGCUCACAAGAAGGCAUCUGCUAGAGAGGAACAAAUAAAAGAAGUACAUGACAUUGAAGCUAAAAUAAGUGGCUUGAAAAAGAAACUUGCUGACCAGUUAGAUACAAUGUCUGAUGAUGAAGACUUCCUCAACAUAAGGACUGAAGCAGAAGAGCUUUUAAAUGAUUUUGCUGAAGAUGUUUUUCAGGAAAUUUCACAAACAGCACCAGUAGCUACUCCACCACUCACUUCUCGAAAGUCUCCGACUCCUCAAACUCCUACACCAAUGAUUCAUACUCCAAAAGACCCUCCCAAAGACCUCGCAAAGGACUUACCCAUAAAUGUACCCAAUGAAGUUACAAAAGAUUCGUCUAAAGAUAAACCUAAAGAACCUGUACAAAUCCUUCCCCAAAUUGAACUUAACCUUCCCAAAAGACCAAUAAGAGAGAGACUUGGAGUUCGCGGGACUACUAAGGAGUCAGCGGAAAACAAAGAAAAGGACAAAAAUAAGGCAACAUUGCCUCCAAGUCCUGAAAGAUUAACACCAGAGAGACAGCCUGAAGCAAAACCUGAACAGCAUGCAAAGAAGUAUUCAGGCAGUACACCUGAGCAACCUCGCACAAGUUCUAUUUCAGAGGAAUUUCCAGUAGAAAAAACUGAACAGAAUAAAAGACCGAUUUCAAAAGUAUCUGUGCUGGACAACCAGCGUCAGCCUCGUGUGAGUUGUGCGAGCGUGGUGCGAGUGCGGCCCCGACCUCGUGUCUCCGCGCCCGCCUCCAACUUGCUCAUGAAAGCUGUGGCAGAUGCACACAAGAGCUUGCUUAACGCACCACCGAAAAUAGAACCAGAACAGCGUAAAUUAAAGCGCGCAUUAGUACUCCCAAUGCGACGUUGCAUUGAAACACAGAAGAUUGUCAUCCAAGUACCCAGAGAUGCCCAGCCUGAUACCAACAACGAUGUAGUCAGUACUAAUAUGGAAAACGAUGGAGAGGAAAAAAACAAAAACAAGCCAUCAAUUAACAUCACAAUUAAUAGAGAAAAUGAAGAUGUUGUAACACCGGUUCAUAUAACUAAAGUUAUUAAUAACAUGGACUAUGUACCAGAUAGGACGGCCAGUAGGAGAGAUGAUACACUCAUAAUUGAAACAAAGAAUAAACAGAAGUCGAAUACAAAAAAGCAUAGAGAUAUCCAAUUUAUUGUUACAAUGGACGGUUUCCAACCUAACGCAUUCCUUGCAAAGAAGCUCAUGAUGGAAGGACUAUUGGAUGAUGAUGAUGAACUUGCUAAAACUGUAAUUCCUAAACCAGCAAAAAGUGUACUUAUAACAAAGGAAAAUGAAGAUGAAACCAAAGAAAAAGAAAAUAAUGAAACAGUUGACAAAGAAGCAGAAAACAAAGAAGAGAACAGAAUGAAACAAGAAUCACCAGCAGCAAAUGAAUGUGCAAGUAAACUAAGUGAAUCGAGUGAAAUUAUUAAGAAUGAACCGAGAGAUGAUGAACAAAAGAAAACAUUAGAUGAUACAGGUGAUAAAAGUAAUAAUCAAAAGAAAAGAUUAAGUGAUGCCAGUGAAGAAAGUGAUACACAAGUGAUAAUAAAAAAAGAACCUCAACAAACAGGUGAAAAAAGAAAGAGUGUAGAUGUAAGUAGUGAUGAUACUUCUGAAAAAAUUGUUACACCACCAGUUAAAAAAAGAAAAGCAUCGCCUAUUGUAUUUAAUAUAGAAAUGAAAGAAAAAGAAACAGAACGGGUUAGAGAGAGGACGCAGAGUGCAAGCAGUGAUGGUCAUGUUACCAUCACCACAUCAUCUAGUUCACAUAAGUUUGAUUCUGUACCACCCUUGAGCGUUGCGGAACGUAAGCUGUUGUGGUGCCGCGCGUUCCCACUGUGUCGGUAUGGGUCUGCGUGCGCAUUCGCACACCCGCGCUGUAAGUUCGCUGCUGGCUGCACGCGUCGCGGCUGUGUCUACUCACACUCCCCGCCCACCUCGCCUCCCGCAAUCGCAUCUCAUGUAGUGCCCGCGGCGAACUAUAAAACAAUAUCAUCUGGCGGAGCGAUCAGUAUUUGCAAGUACUACCCGAGUUGUGUGAAUCCUGCCUGCCACUUUUACCACCCGAAGCCGUGUAGAUACGGCAAGGCGUGUACCAACAAGCUAGAAUGCAACUUCUACCAUAAUGACUCGCCCUCCGCUAAGUGGAAAUAUCCAUAAUAAUAAACAAUAAAUAUAAUU